AUGGCCCUUGGUUCAGUGGGACAGUGGAGGACUAUUGCUUGUAGCAGAAAAUACCCUUUCCUGUGUCAGAAGAAGGUGCCAGUUUCCCUGCCAUCUGUUGACACCUACUUGACAGGGGUCCCACUGAUGUCCGGGGUAUACACUGUGACCCAAGCCUCAGUCCUCUCUACUUCCCCAGACCCAGGACAGCAGAGAGUGGAGAUGAUGUUGUUUCCAGGCCUCUGGUUCAGCCACGCAGGACAGGUGUUGUCUGUAGAGCUAGUGACGCAGCCCAGUCAACACCAUACCUACGCCAAAGUGCAGAUCCUGCGGCCCUACUGCAGUCCCAACCUGCACCUCAUACCCCCUGGCUGCAGCUCUCUCCACAACCCCUUUAGCUGCUGUUCCCCAGUCCCCCUGUGUAACACCACAGGUGGCUGUGUCACUGGACAUUACUGGUGCCAUCUGCUGGAGAGCUGUCAGCCAGUGACUAGCCCUUGUAGCUCAUAUCACAUGCCGAAUGGUGGCCCUACUUUCCCACUACCACCCCGCUACCCUGCUUUGGCGCCCUUCUACCAUUUGGUGGCCGAUAUGUCCCUCAGUUUGCCCCCCAGCUCUAAGCCUGCCCAUAUGAAUGUGGUGUUGCCAGAAAAGGAAAUAAAUGUAUAUCCAGAUGACAUCUUGGCAGUGCAGCACACCGGGCAGGUGGGGGGCUUCUUACAGUGCCUGAAAAGCUCUGAUUCUGCCUGGCGCCAGAGUUACUUGUCCUUCCAGGGGACUAAGUGGGGCGGUUGGUGGGAGGGGGGAUUGUCUGCCAUGCCAGUUGGAGGACAGUGGGCUGAUGGGGUGGUGUGUGACUUGCGGGUGCUCUAUGCGGACACACUGCAUCCUUAUGCUGUCUCCCCAAUGCUGAGCACAGGACAGAAUGAACCCAGUGGCUACUCAUACAUGGGGACGAUGAGCACCCCAUUAAGGAGCACCCAAGCCAGAAAUCCAGGCCAGGCACAAAGUCCUGUUUCAGGCCUCCACAUUGUGCACCCCAUGCUGGAUAAGGAGGGCCGGAUAAACCUCCCCAUCAAUGUCCCUACAUUCAUCGUUAUCAAAAUACUGUCAGGGUUCAAUGUCACCAGCACCUGGUCGGACCCCAUUUUCCAAACCAGGGUCCCCUUCCUGUCCUCCUGUCCCCCAGAGCUGCCCAUGUCCCACCAUGGCUGUGAGAGAGACACCUCUGAUACGUGGUUCUCUCAUGCUACUGUGGUGCUCUCCACCCCAGGGUCCCAUAUCCUCAACAUCAGUGCAUCGAACAACAUCAGCUCCCAGAGUGUGUCAGUGCAGCUGCAGGGUCACCAGCCCGUGACAGGGCUCAAGAUGCAGCCCCAUGGAGAUCAGAGAAUGCUAGUUGAUGUUUCACAGGUAUUCCAGGCGAUGGUGGACAGUGGCUCAUCAGUUAAAUACACCUGGGUCAUUGAUAACCUGGUUCAAUUUGCUUAUGAAGGACAAAUGUACAGCGUGGUCUUCAAGAAGCCAGCAGAGUACAAGCUAAAUGUCACAGCAUCGAAUCCUGUGAGCUCGCAGUCCCUGGAAGUGAGGCUCACAGCAGAAAUGAUGGUUCCUCUGGCUGAUCCCACCUUCCUGUCUGUUGGGGAGGUCGUUGCUGUCAAUGCCCAGCAGCUUUUCACCCUCAGAGUCAAGGUGGACAUCUCCAUUGGGAUCACCUUCUGGUGGGACUUUGGUGAUAACAGCCCAGGUGUCAACCAUUCCUUUUCUCCUCCAUUGGAGUCUAGAGGUUCCCAGAUAGAGCAGGGAGUGAGACAGAUCUACCUGCAGGAUUCUGUGAGCCACACCUUCAUACAACCAGAUGAUUACAUGCUGAGGGUACAAGUCUUUAAUAGAUAUGACAGGAUUGAGAAGUCUGUGGUGGUGAAAGUGCGGAGUCCACUGGCAGGACUGCAUUUGUCAACCACCCCUGCUAUCCUUAUUGUCAACCAAACAUUCGACUUGGAAGCUCUGCCAUGGCCUUCCCCAUAUGGAAUAUUGUACACAUGGAACUUUGGUGACAAUUCCAAGGAAGUAAAAGGAUUUGACUGCAAAGUUAGGCAUAUUCUGAGAGCAGCAGGUGUAUAUAAUGUGACAGUCAGCGCCAGCAACACUCUGUCUGCUCUGACAUCUUGGAUGCUUGUGGAAGUUAUUGAAACAAUCUCUGGACUCCAGCUGAGCUACAGUGGACCCAAUGAGCUGGGCUCCACCACUGUAAUCAAGGGCAGUGUCUGUUCCGGCACCAGUCUCCUUUGGACGUUUGACUUGGACAAUGGGUCAACAUUUAAAAACCUCACUGACAGCCACAUUUCUUACAUCUACAAGUCCCCAGGGAAUUAUUCUGUCAUAGUAACUGUGGCUAACCCAGUUAGUCAGGCAGUCCAGAAAAUCAAAGUGGAAGUCUAUACAUUGACUAUAACUGGGAUCUUGCCUCAUGGCUGCUUGGCGAGUGGACAAGAGGUUCAUCUCAGAGCACUUGUGACAGGGAAUGUCCCCACAUUGAUAUUUCAUUGGGACUUUGGAGAUGGAACUCCUGUGACCAUUAUCCAGGGAAAUUCCCAAGUUGCGCAUGCUUACUCCAGCCCAGGGAGCUAUCAAAUCAAUGUAACAGUUUUCAGCUCUGUGGGAUCUCAUUGUUAUCAUACAGCCAUAUGCGUCGAGUCCCUCAUAACUGCCGUAAUUUUAAACUCCUCAAGUGAAGCUGUAGCACUGGGGAAGGAAGUAUGCUUCAAUGUGUCUGUUUAUCCAAAGCUAAUCCAUCAACAUACUUACCAAUUUCUGUGGUAUAACAACUCUAACAACAUUUAUCCAGGUAGAGGCCCUUCUCAUUACUGUUUUGUAUUUGAAGAAGAGGGAAUCCAUCAAGUUUCAGUGGUAGUCAGUAACAGUAUCAGCAACAAGACAGCAAAAGCUCUUGUUACAGUCCAAAAGCCUGUGACAGAACUGAUUGUAACACAUGAUGGUCACAGUGGUGCAGUGAUCAUCAACAAGACUUAUUCUUUUUGGGUAGAGACUUGCUCUGGCACCAAUGUAACUGUGGAGUGGGAUUUUAGAGAUGGCUCUCCCAGAAAUGAAGGCAAGUAUGUUUCUCAUGCCUUCACAUCUGCUGGGAGGUAUACAGUCUCCAUCACAGCUCAGAAUGCGGUGAGCCAGGAGUCUGUAGCUUUAGAUGUGGACGUAUUGGUUCCUGUGUCCAGCCUGGCAUUGAAAAUCAAACAGCCAGUUCCAGAAGUAGGGGAAGAGACAGAGGUACUGGCAGUAUUGAAUGUCAUGAAUAAUGUUAGCUUCUACUGGUCAGUGAACCCUUCCAUCCCACCUGAGUUAGGAACAUCAACCUUCAGGUAUAUAUUUCCCAAGGCGGGUGUUUACCAGAUUUAUGUGACUGCACAAAAUGCUGUUAGCAAACAGGAGGCCACCAUUGAAGUUGAGGUCUUAGAAAGGAUACAAGGGCUGCACAUUACCAGUGAGAGUCUGGUAUCCAUGAGGUAUGUACCAACUCAGGAAAAUAUCCAUUUGUCUGCUUCGGUAAUUCAGGGUUCUCACUUGAGUUACCAGUGGCAAGUUCUUGAGAAUGGAAUAAUCAAGACUAUAUGUGAUGGAGAACAUUUCCAGCUGUUCACAGAAACACCUGGGGAUAUUUUGGUGGAGCUGAUAGUGUCCAACAGUCUAGGAAGAAUGAACAGUAGCAUUUCACUCAGGGCAGUAGAGCGUAUUUCAGGAAUCAUGAUCUCAACAACAAGGGACACUGUGCCUGUAGGAAAGCCUGUGAAGAUCUCAGCGAGUGUAAAAACUGGGACCGACCUCCAGCAUCUCUGGUAUGUUGGCGACACCCUCUCCCCCUUACCAUCACACGUGCCCUUACUUCUUCAUGUGUUUACAAGUUUGGGCUCUGUUGUUGUCAGAGUGUCAGUCAGGAAUGUGCUUGGCUCUAGUGAAGCUACUAAACAGCUCACAGUCCAGGAGGAAAUAUAUGAAGUCAACUUCAAGAUAAAUCAUAAAACAAAUCCAUUCUUUGUCCCGUGCAUUUCCCCUGUGUUACUCCUGGGAUCAGUUGAAAAAGGAACUGGCCUAAAGUGGGAGUGGAAACUUUUCAUGACAAAUGGUGGAUCUGCCAGUUUGGGCAACAAGCAAUCAGUUGUAUACUCCUUUUUGGAAGCAGGGGUUUACCAGGUAUUUCUCAAUGCUUCAAAUGACAUCAGUUGGCAAACAGUUUCCCAUAGAGUCACUGCCCAGGAUGCUAUUCAAGGCCUGAGUUUGAAUGUGAGUGGCUCUACAGUCUGUGCUGGUGACCCCAUUGUUUUUACUCCAAUGAUCUUUAAAGGAAGUGAUGUACAAUUUUCGUUAGAGUUUAAUAAUGGGGAUUUUUUAGUGAAUCUGGUCCAAAACAACUUUACAACCUCUAACCUUCCAGUAGGAAACCAUACAGUCAGAGCAAGGGCCUGGAACCAAGUGAGCACCUCCAUCGUGGGUCUGAUUGUGCAGGUGGUGGAGAAGGUCAAGGGACUAAGGCUAGUUAACUGCUGCUCUUUAGUUUUGGAAUCUAUGAAAGAAACCAGCUUCGAGGCAGAAGUGCAAAGUAAAUCUCCAGUUAUGUACCAUUGGAUUUUCCAUUUAGUGGGAUACCAACCCUCAUACAAAGAAGGGCUACAGGUCUUCUACAUUCCUCCCAGCAAUGGCUCACUGACUGUAAGCCUGGAAGCAAGCAAUGGUUUCUGCUCACAAUCCUUGAGUGAGAGGGCAAACAUAGAGUGGCCAGUUCAGGACGUAAGAGUUGUCUGUAAUUCAACAGGAAUUUAUACUGACUUCUCUGUCACCUUUUCAGCCGUCACAAAUAAUGGCAGCAACCUGGUUUUUCAGUGGGAAUUUGGCGACUCCGCUGAGGAGACAGUAAUCACUCAGUCACACACUAUAAGUCACCUGUAUCGCACUCCUGGCAGGUACAUAGUGCAGGUUACAGUUUUCAACAAUAUCAGCCGUGUUGUGGCACAACUGCCCAUUGAAGCAAAGAGACUUGAGUGCACCCGUCCUAAAGUCUCCCUGGUCCAGAAACAAUCUGUUAUCCUGAGGUCCAGACCAAGCUACUUUGAGGCUAAUGUGGAUCUUCAAGGCUGCAUCAUGUACAAGACCAGCUACAUGUGGGAGGUGCUUCGAGCUCCAGGCUGUGGUGAAGAUGACAGAAUACCUCUGGUGAAUCUUACAGAUGUGACCACACCAUUUCUCAUGCUUCCCAAGCGCAUACUGGCUGUAGGAUCCUACUGCUUGAGGUUCACUGCUUGCAUCCAGGACACACCUCUAUUGCAGCAACAGAGCAUCAGAAUCACUGUGGUCCACAGCCAGCUGGUCCCUGUGAUCAAGGGAGGAUCACACAGACUCUGGUCAAGUCACAGAGAUCUAUUAUUGGAUGGUACUGAAUCACAUGAUCCUGAUGUUGGAUUCCAGGAAGGCAAGCUUCUGCAGUAUCACUGGGAUUAUAUUGUUGAGAACACAAAAGAUCCUUUACCUCCUGUGCACAGCAAUAGCAGCAUCCUCAUGGUUCCCCGCCAAACGCUGAGGCCUGGGAAUGUGUAUCUCUUCACUCUCACUGUUCAAAAAGCAGGGAGGUUGCCGGCCUCCACAACUCAGUCUGUGGCAGUGCAGCAGGGACAGGUGCUGCCAGUGAGUGUGGACUGUGUAUCCUGCAGCACUCUCCUUUCCUUCCACCACAGUCUCCCCCUAGCCCUCUCUGGAAAGUGUCCCUCUUGCAGUGGUAUUACAAAGUACAAAUGGUCCGCUGAAGGCUCAAAUGAUGAGCUCCUGGAGCUGAAUGAAUUCACAACCUCCACAGGAGCCACUGGUCCAGACCUGGUGGUCAGACCAGGCGUGCUGCUGGAUGGACUGACCUACACCUUCACACUCCACAUGUCUCAACCUGCCGUGGGGCUCUGGGGGUCUGCUAGCAUAACCUUGCUCCCCAACCGUCCCCCAUACGGGGGAGUAUGUACACUGACCCCUGAUACAGACAUUCGUCUCCUGCAGACUGUGGUGACUUAUGCUUGCUCAGGUUGGGUGGAUGGAGACAGUGAGCCCACCCAGCUGAUAUAUACCUUACAGGCGGAGGUAUGUCAGGAUGAUAGCCAAUCAGGUUGUCUCUUGACCCUAUACAAAGGCACCCAGCACACCUUUGGGACCCUAGUCCCUUUGGGCUCCCAUGGCUCAGGUGGAAAUGUGUCUGUCAUUACUGUGCUGGUGAAGGUAGAGGAUAAUCUGGGAGCCACUGUCACUGCACUGAACAGGACAUUAACAGUACUGCCACCUAAUGAAGGUGAAGCACUCACGGAUUGGCUGAAGAAUAAGAGUCAGUCAGAGCUGUGGGCUCUAGUCCAAAGAGGAAACCCCCAGGAAGUAAUACCUUUCUCCAUCGCUCUGACCAGCCAGCUCAACCAGAUGCAGAGCGUGAGUGAGCAGGACGUCCAGGACAGGAUGCUGAUCCGUGAGAAUGUAACGCGUGCGGUGGCCUCCUUCCCUGUCUCCUCACUGCGGGAUGCCGCGCAGGUCAGCUCUGCUCUGGCACAGUGCACGGCGGUGCCCGGGGAGCUGGCAUGUGAAGGCUGUCAGGAGACGGUGCUGAAGGCUGUGGAGAAGAUGAUCGCAGUGAUUGGAGAGCAGACGGAACCUGGUGAUGUCACUUCCCUAGACGCUGGCAGGAAUAUUCUACACAUACUGGGCAGCUCCAUGGCUGCAGCUGCGGAGUCCACAACCAGGCCUGAGCCCCGCAGCCAACCUGGCCGGCUUGGCAGCUCAGAGGCUGUAGUGUCUGUCUUUGGCCAGGCGGGGGAGCUGAUGCGAUCUCUAAUGCAGACUCGGAUGCGAGGCGAGGAGGCCCUGACUCUGACAGCCCCGCGGAUCAGAGCGGUGGGGCGGCGCAGUGACCCGGCAGACCUGCUGUGCACUGAGCACUCCGGCCCCUGCCAGUUCCACAUCCCCCACAGCCUGAGCGCCCAGCUGCGCGAGGGGAGGGAGGAGGUGGUGCAGAUCCUCCUGGGCUUCGACGGGAACAACGGCCUCGUGCCGGCCGCCCGGCCGCCCAUCUCCACCACGUUGGCGGCCAUGGAGUUCGCCACGCCGCAGGGCCAGCCCAUCCCCAUCGCCAACCUGCCGCCUGACCGCGCCAUCCGCGUCUUGCUGCCGAGCCGCCUGUCCUCCGGGUGGCCGGCGGAGGGGGAGGGGGCCACCGCUGUCAACAUCACCCUCCCCGCUGAGGGAUCCCUCAACUUCACAGUGAGAGCUGUUGACACUGACCCCCAUGCAGGGCUCUUCCUUGCCUUCAACUUCAGCCUGCUUCCAGGAACUGGUUCAGAGAGCAGCGGCAAGGUGAGAAUCAUGGUGGCCAGCCAACCAGCCCCUACUCUGUCUCAGCAUUCCUUCAUGCGGGAGGUGUACUUCUCUCUCUCUGCAGAAUCUCCUGCCGUGGAGGAGACCAUCUUCCUCACACCCCUGCAGAACAGCUCUGGGCAGGAGCUGCAUGUGAAUGUGACCAGCUCCCUGACUGGCGGGACGGUCCGGGCGUCGGUGUACGUGUUCACCUCUCUGUGUCAGUACUUCAGCUUGGAGCAGCGGCGCUGGAGCAGCGAGGGCCUCAGCCCUCUGAGCGGCAGCAGCUCCCGCACAGCCCACUGCCUCACCCAGCACCUCACCAUAUUCGGGGCCAGCCUGUUCGUCCACCCCGACGCCGUCGUGCUGCUCCCGCCGCCAGAGGGGCCUGUGAGGAACGUGGUGGUAGGAAUUGUGUGUGCGGUCCUGCUGCUGAUGCACCUGCUCAUCGCUCUCUUCUCGCACAAACUGGACCACCUGCACAGCACCCGCGCCAGCACUGUCCCGCUCUGUGGGCAGUCCGGUCACUACCAGUACCGAAUCCUGGUGAAGACCGGUUGGGCCAGGGGAUCUGGCACCACAGCUCACGUGGGAAUCAGCCUGUACGGUCUGAACAAGAGUGGGUCACGCCACCUGCAGCGCGAGGGGGCCUUCCAGAGGAACGCUCUGGACGACUUCCAGGUGGAGACCGAUGCCAACCUGGGAGAGAUCUGGAAAAUACGCAUCUGGCAUGACAACACAGGCCUGGACCCAACCUGGUUCCUGCAGCAUGUGGUUGUGUGGGACAAACAGACUGACAUCAUGUAUUUCUUCCUGGUGGAGGACUGGCUUUCUGUGGAGAAUGACAAGAAUGGUGGGAUGGUAGAGAAGGAGGUGCUUGCUUCCUGCCCCCAGGAUCUGCAGCACUUCACACGGGUCCUCAGAACCCAGCUGGUGUGCGGCAUGUUUGAGCGCCACCUCUGGGUGUCGGUGUGGGAGUGCCCUUCAUACAGCAACUUCACCCGUGCACAGAGGGUCACCUGCUGCGCCCUGCUUUUGCACCUGUACCUGGCUGUGGGGGCGGUGUGGUACGGUGCUGUCGGGAACAAAGAAACCAGUGGUCCUGUGUCGGCCCGCCUGCUUGUGAACAUGGAGACUGUUGCCGUGGGGAUGGCUGUGUCUGUCCUGGUAUUUCCCCUGCACCUGCUCUUCUGUUUCCUCUUCCGGAAGACUGGCAGCAAGGUGACAGCAGAGGAGUCGGCACCUUCAACCCCUGUGUCUCAGACAGUGGAAAUGGACGUGUACCUGAGCCACCCUGAACUGGCCAGCUCCUCCUUCUUGUCCUUGCCAGGGGGAAUGGAUUCCAUCCUGGACGCCAUGUCUCACUCUUCGGACUCUCUGGGAAGCAAGAACAUAGAAUCAACCUUUUGGAAUGCCUCUAAACUGGGCAAUGAGAGUGAAGCAGAUCCAUGGCCCUCCUGUGACAGCAUCUUCGACCUCCCGGAGCUGCAGGGGCAGCCGCCCCUGAGCCACGCCCGCCUGCUGAAAAGGAAGAAGGCCCUGCUGCAGCUGCGUCUAGGCUCACCGGCCUGCUCCCCAGAGCAGCCUCCGCCCCUCCCUCUGUCUGAUCCUGCCCACUCCGGCAGCCUCCAGCACAACCUCCUCACACUCUCCGAGGAGGACCUGAUCCAGUCUAUAGCUACGGGCACAGCUGGGGCCAGCAGCACAUCCUCAGGCAGAGUGACCUCUGAUAGCGGUCGCUAUUCACCCUGCGAGACUGCGCUGUCCGACACCCAGGAGAGCACUUGCAGUGGAUGGUCAGAGCUGAGCCAGGAGAAACCUUCACACGGGGCAGGGCUCUGCAAGUCUCCCUCCUCCCUGUCCGUGUUCACCACUGCCAGCACCUUCCUGCCCAGCCCCUCCCCAGACUCCCUGGGUACCUCCUCCACCACACGCAUAGGUGUGGCUCGCGGAGCUCCCACCUGGCUUCUUCCCUCCUGGGUGCUGGGUGUGACCUACCUGCUAGCAGGGCUGGUGCUGGGGGGCUGCCUGGCCCUUGUGGGGCUCUACGGCAGCAGCUUCUCCAGCUCCGUGCUCCUCAUGUGGCUCAUAUCUGCCGCCUCAGCCUGCCUGACCUCGGCUCUGCUGCUGGAGCCUCUCAAGGUGUGCGUCCAGGCUCUCUUCCUGGCUGCAGUGGUAAGACCAGUGGACCCAGAGGUGGAGGAGCGGCUGGGUCAGGAAGCUGCGGUGAGGAGAGGGAGAGCGGAGCAUGGGGGCAGGGUGAGACCCCCAUGUGGAUAUGGCUUGCUGCACGCUAAGGAGGAGGCCAGGAAGGUGCGGGCCCUGAGAUCACUCAUGAAGAACUGUGUAGUGCACAUGCUGUUCCUGCUGGUAGUGCUGCUGGUGAACUACCAGGACAGUGUCCAGGCUGUGCAGGGAAGAUUACUGCACUCCGCUGUCAAACGAUCUCUGCUCACAGCUCCAGCUGGGAUGCUGAACCUCAGCACGCUGACACGGUGGUCUGAGGCCUGGCAGUGGAUGGACAACACUCUGGUGCCCUACCUUCACCAGAAUCCCCUCUUGCUCCUGGUCGGGUUGCCACGGCUACAGAAAGAACAGUCUCAGGAUGGCUGCUGUGCUAAUGUGAAGGAUUCCCUGGGAUUUAGCAGUACCUCGUUUGUACCCGUCAUCCCCGUUUCCUUGCACACGCCAUCUGGAGAACAGAGAGACUCAGCGCUCAACAGCUGCUCUGGACACCUCCUCUCCUGGCUGUGGCGGCGCGGCCAGUGCGAGGGGCACAGCGGGGGAGGGGACGUGGUGGAGCUGGGGAACAACACGGAGCUCACCCGCCAGCUCCUGUCUGGCCUGCAGAGCACACACUGGAUCAACGCAGCGACAAGGGCAGUGUAUGUGGAGUUUACGCAGUACCACAGGGAAACCGCCCUCUUUGUCGCCGUGACUAUCCGGCUGGAGUGGCCACAGGCCGACAGCGCACUCACCUCCAUCUCCAUACAGCCUUUUCACAUGCCACCAUCUUCCUCUGGCCCUCACUUACAGCUCGCCAUGAUGGUGCUGCUGCUGCUGUUCGCUCUGUCCUUCCUGGUCAGUGAGCUGUGGGCAGGGAUCAGGCAGCAGGGUCACUGCCAGUAUCAAGGACGCCUAUGUCUGCAGCUUUUGGUAUCUCUGCUGUCAUUGGCCACUGCAGUGCUGCGCAUGUCCUUCCUCUACGUGUCUGCCUCCAGCCUCUCCCAGCAUGGCUCCCAGCCCCAAACCUUCACCAACUUCCACAGAGCUGCCCUGCUGGACCAGAUCUCUUCCCAGCUUUCUGCACUCCUGCUCACUGUGCUUGUCCUCAAGAUGGUAGGAGUGUUGCGGUUCGUGCGGCGCUGGGUGGUGUUUGGACGGGUUCUCCUGCAGGCGUGGAGAGAGCUCAGUGGAGUCGUCUGCCUGCUGGUGCUUCUGCUGCUGCUCUUCUCGCACACUGGCAGCCUGCUGUUCUCCGGCUCGGUGGAGGGUUUCAGGACAGUGUGGGAGGGGAGUCUCACCAUGGUGUCUGCGCUACGUGGGCGGGGAGUCAUCAGACGCCUGUGCAAGCGACACCCUGCACUGGGGCCUGUGUAUUGCAUGGCCCUGGUGGGGACGGGGCUGUGGGUGCUGGGACGGCUGUGCGGGGCCGUGCUGGUUCGCUCCUACAGGCUGGUGCAGACGGAGAUGUACCGGCCGGUCAUGGAGCCUCAGGACUACGAAAUGGUGGAGUUCUUCAUCAAGAGGCUCAAGCUUUGGAUGGGGCUCAGCAAGACCAAGGGGUUCAGGCACAAAGUCAAAUUUGAGGGGAUGGUGUCACCACCCUCCAGAUCUUCCCUGGGGUCCCAGCUGUCCAGUCUCUCAGCCCACAGCUCACCCAGCCCUCGGCUGGCUUCUGCCCAGUCCCUGGGCUCAGAGGACUCAUGCCUCUCUGAUGGUUUUGAUGCCCAGUACUACUUGGACCGGCUGCUUCCUGCCUUCAACAACCUCCUAUCCCAAUUUGACCGGGUGAACCAGCUGAAUGAUGACCUGCAUGGCAUUGAGCUGCAGCUGCAGGGGGCCCAGAGUAGGAUCAUCCAGAGACAAAAGCAGCAAGCCAGCAAAGAGCAUUCAGUGUGGAAGAGAUCAAUGUCAACACCCGCUCCCUCUUUCUCCACUCUGUCUCCUCCUUUUCCUCUUCCUCCCUCUCUUCCUUUAUUCUUCUCUUGCAACCACACUAUCCCUUGCACGCGCACCACCUUUUCUGAGACCUGGCAGAACCCAGACCCAUGCAAAACGGCCCAACCUGUCACAGCAGACAGCAGUGGGCCUACACGCAGGGCCUCUGGUGUGGAAAAUCGGAUCAGGCGAGUCCCAGGACGUCGGGCCUGGCAUUCAGGUGCCUCGCAUUCUGCUGAUGCUGCUCAGAGGUCUCCCCAGGCGCUGUGCAGUACCCUCUAUGUUCGCCCCCGCAGUGAGGAGGGGGAGAGGAGUCUGGCCUGUGACAGGGUACCAGUGAAGAGGAGAGCCUGGCACCCUGAUGGGCCUGACUGA